CUGAAAAAUUUAAACGUGAUGAAUUUUCUUUUUUACAACAAGUCGUACACAUUUUAGAUAAAGUUGAAUCUAGUCAAGAUCCUCAAGAAGUGAAUAAACUUAAUGAUAGAUUUAAAAGAUGUCAUAGAAUACUAGAUGAAUUACCCGGUUCAGAUUUAUCAAGAGAAGAACAAGAGCAAUUACUUAAAGAAGAAAAGGCAAUUUUAGAAGAAAGAAAAGCAGCAAGACAUAGAUAUGAAAAUCUUGAAUUUUUAAAAUCACCAUAA